AUGGAGAGAAGGAAAAUUGGCAUACUACAGAUGAGGAAGAAUCUUUUACCCAACACUUCAACUUUCGGACGAAGUCAAAUACCUGGGAGUUGUAUUGGACUGGCGACUGAACUGGAAGAAGCAGAUGAUAAAGUAGAAAAAGCACGCUCGGCUCUUUGGCAAUGUCGUAGAGUGGUGGGAAGGUCUUGGGGUUUAAACCUCAAGAUCGUCCUCUGGAUCUACGCGGCAAUAGUCAGACCGAUGUUGUGCUAUGGAACUUUAGUUUGGUGGCUCACAGCCAGACAAAAAACAACAGUUCUGCAACUUGAACACGUUCAGAGAAUGGCGUCUCUCAGUGUUACCGGAGCAAUGAGAACCACUCCCACAGGGGCUAUGGAGACACUUCUUUGCUUAGCACCUCUUAACCUUUACAUAGAAGAAGCGGCAAUGUGGACGUCUCUAAGACUUCACUCUCUGGGAGUAUGGAACAAGCAAGGCCGCAUAACGAAGCACACUCGUAUCUUGACGCAGGCGUUCAACAGAAUACCCUUGUUAAGGAUGGGUUGUGACCGAAUGGGCACAAAAUUAAUAUAUGAGAAGACACUACUAGCCCUUAACAGCUGCAUUCGAUCCGGGCUGGUUUGGGAGUGCAGACAAACGCUAAGUGGCAACGAAGGAAACGAGAGGGCAGAUGAGACGGCGAAGGAUAAAUUGCGUAAACUGAUAGGAUUUCUUACUGGACAUUACCAGUUUAACAAACAUCUACAUACGAUAGGAGUGGUAACAGACCCAAUCUGUCGUGGAUACAAUGAAGAACAGGAAACUGCUGAGUACAUUCUUUGUGAGUGUCCAGCGCUAGCCUCCUACAGGGAAUCCAUACUACGGAACAUCUGA